ACCUGUCGCUUCUCCGGCAUGGCAGGACGGCGAGCCCUGGUUGUCUGUGGACCGUCGGGGGUGGGGAAAGGAACGCUGAUAGACAAGCUCAAGAGCGAGUUCAGCUCCCUCAUCAGCUUCAGCGUCAGCCACACCACCAGGCAGCCUCGUCCUGGUGAGGUCAACGGAGUCCACUAUCACUUCGUGGAACACGAACAGAUGGAGGAAGAGAUAGCUCAGGGCAAGUUCCUGGAGCAUGCCAACGUGCACGGGAACCUGUACGGCACGAGCAAGAGCGCAGUCGAGGACGUGGCCAAGGCCGGGAAGGUGUGCAUACUGGACAUCGAUGUGCAGGGGUGCAGGUCUUGCAGGAAGGCUGGGCUCCUCGCUUCCUUCGUUUUCGUGGUCCCACCAAGUGUGGAGGAGCUAGAAAGGAGACUGAGAGGAAGAGGAACGGAAACAGAAGACAAGAUCCUUAAGAGACUGGCGAAUGCUAAGUCGGAGCUGGAAGCAAAGGACGAGCCAGGCUUGUUUGACCACCAGAUUGUGAAUGAUGACAUCGAGAAGGCUUACACAGAGCUCAAAGGAAUUUUUUUGCCACUUGCUGAGAAUGUGAAGUCGUCGUAGCACGCGCAGUGUUGACAAAUUUUGUCGAUGACCGGAUUGCUCCCAAGGGCGACGUAGUCAACAUUUACUGUACAUCUUCAAGCUUCUCCCAAAAGCUAUACGUCUCCCUG